AUGGCGGACAAGAUGGACGUCGAUGCCGUCAAUGGCGAGAAGCAGGAGGAGAGGGUUGGUCCAGCCCCGGACUUGCCGCCAGAGCGGAGUACGUCCACGCCUCGCCAAACACCCAAGAAACAGCUGAUACUAACACAUCGCUGCAGUCAUUAUCAACAACUUCGCCCUCAUCACCCAAGCAGUGGACAGCUUUGACUCACGGUUUACGCUACGCGCCCUACGAGGCAUAGCGACACUGCGGAAAGCUCCCAACUUCCCCGAAGCCUUAGUGCAGGGCAUCCGAACAGCAUAUCCGAAGCCUUCGAACAGAGGCCGGCAGAUACUAGAGGAGCUAAUACCAGAGAAGCAUUAUGCUGCCCAGAAUGGAGCUGCGGCGAGCAAAGAGAAGGAGCCGGAAGAGCAGACACAUCCCGAGAUCUGGGCGUACCUGGGUGUUUUGGUGCAGGUCAGUGAUGACAAUAGAAACAUGGGGAUGCGCGGAGAUGCUGAUCGGAACAGGUCUAUCUUUACGACAACGGCGAGUUUGAGAAGGGUGCAGACUUCAGCGAGAACUUCGUCGAGCGAAUCCGCAGCUGGAAUCGCCGAACGCUUGACCAAAUGGGCGCCAAAGCCUACUUCUACUACGCGCUCUUCCACGAAAAUCUUGACCCGAAGCCGCCGUCAAAGCAGUCACCCGUCAUCGAUACCAGACCGAAGCUACUGGCCGCACUCCGAUCGGCCGUGCUGCGCAAGGACAUUGACACACAGGCUGCCGUGACCGUGUUGCUCCUGCGCAACUACAUCAGCACCGCAGACAUCACUCAAGCCGACCUUCUUGUUGCACAGACCCAGUUCCCGAUGACCGCCUCAAACAACCAAGUAUGUCGAUACCUGUACUACCUAGGCCGUAUCCGCGCCAUUCAGCUUCAAUACACCCAAGCGCACGAGCACCUCGAGUCCGCGACACGCAAAUCGCCCACACAGGGCCCUGCUGUCGGCUUCUACCAGCAAGCUACAAAGCUCCUCAUUGUCGUGGAGCUAUUGAUGGGUGAUAUUCCCGACCGAUCACUCUUCCGACAACCUUCGCUGGAGGCUGCGCUCUAUCCAUACUUCAAGCUUGUCCAGGCUGUCCGUGUGGGUGAUCUGCAGGCCUUCUUGAAGUGCGUCAGCCUCAAUGAGGCCCAGUUCCGCAAGGACGGCACCUACACCCUCAUCCUCCGCCUCCGUCAAAACGUCAUCAAGACCGGCGUCCGCAUGCUCUCCCUCUCGUACUCUCGCAUCUCACUCCGCGACAUCUGCACACGUUUGGGCGUAGAAUCGGAAGAGUCGGCUGAAUACAUUACGGCAAAGGCGAUCCGAGAUGGUGUAAUUGAGGCUUCGUUGGAUCACCAGAAUGGACACAUGGUCACGGUACCACAGAAGGACGCGUACAGCACAACGGAGCCAUGCGAUGCUUUCCAUGCGCGCAUCAGUGCUCUUCUUGGUAUGCGCGAUGAGUGUGUCAUGGCUAUGAGAUACCCCAUGAACAAGCAUCGCCAGGAGAUCGCGGAAGCUGCCAAGGCUCGUGAGCGGGAACGCGAGCUGGCAAAGGAGAUCAUUGAGGGCGAGGGCGAUGCUGAUGAUGGAGAUGAGGGCGGCUUUGAGGGUAUGUAA